CGGGCAGCCUGAUGGGGGACCGUGUGGGGCCGGUGGGGACUGGAGAGACCAGCGCUGGGCCCCAGAGGAUGUCCCCUGUCAACUGGAGUAUGGCCUUAGACAGACAGGAGGUGCUGGAUGCCAUGGACAGCACAGAGUCUACGGUGGCAGGGGAGGGUCAGGGUGUCUUGGAUUCUAUAUAUCUGAGGGCUGGUGCUGGACACUGGAGACCUCAGGACAUGACCUCUCACCUCCAGACCACACAGAGCAGUUUCCACCUCUCUCAGGUGCUUCCUUCACUUAGCGAUGAGGAGGAGGGGAGGGGGAGGCCUGCUGCCCUGGGGCCAAGAGGAGGUCCAUGUGGGGACUCCUCUGGUCCUCCUGGCCUGUCAGACACGAGUCAGGGAGAGAAGGAUCUCCUCUACAUCUCUCUGGAAGCGAAGUACCUCUCUCAGAGCUUCCACCAGGAGGACUCCUCUGACAGCGACUGGAACCACUGUCCUGAUAACCUGGACUUCCAACCGGCCUCUCACAGUGUGGUCUACCAGAACGAGGAGGGGAAAUGGGUGACUGAUCUGGCGUACUACUCGUCCUUUGAGAAGGAGGUGGAUGGACACCAGCUGCCGGAAGUAGCAGACCAGUUCCAGGCUGAGGACUUCGUUCCAGGCAGUAACGCCAUAGAGAAGAUCAUAGAAGACCAGAAGGAGUUUGAGAAGGAGAACCAGUUCAUGCAAGAGGAGGUGAUGGAGCCUGCCUUCACCAGUCCAGGUCUCCUAUCUGACACGUCCUGGAGACUCCCAGCCAGCAGCCACAUCCUGAUGAGGGCCAGCCAGGUGUCCCAGGAGCUGGACAGAGGGAACCAGAGCUACCUCCGUCUGUCUCUCGGGACCUUCUUCCAGCAGCGCUCUGAGGCCCUGGGCUGUCUAGGGGACGACCGGGAGGACGAUGCAGUCAAACGGCCGUCGUUUGGUUACGUCAUCACCUCUCCAGAGAAGAGGGAACCGUUUCCUCUGAUUCACCCAUCAGACUUCCUGUCUCAGGACAGCUCGGUCCACAACGACACCCUCACACACACUGACCACGACCGCACCAUGAACACAGAGGACUUGGACAAGACUGUGGAGGCAGAUCCAGACAGGGUGUCACCUACAGGAGAUGGCGAGCCAGAGCCUUGUGAAUCAGCCUCUUCCCCCCUCUCUGAGGCCCUGCUCUCCCCCAGCCAGACCCUUCCCUCAGCCUCCCCCCUCCCUGAGGCCCUGCUCUCCCCCAACCAGACCCUUCCCUCAGCCUCCCCCUCCCUGAUGCCCUGCUCUCCCCCAACCAGACCCUUCCCUCAGCCUCCCCCCUCCCUGAGCCAGACCCUUCCCUCAGCCUCCCCCGGCAGCCUGGGCCCCAGCCCCGACACAGACCAGUCUAGCCUCAUGUUGUCUAUCAGCACCAUUGCCUCGGCCAUCGCAGAUGCCUCCAUCUCCUCCGAGCCCUCCCAGCUGGCUGCCAUGAUCAUGGAGCUGUCAAAGAGGAGUAGGUUACAGAGGCAACACCAGAAAGGUGUGCUGGACCUGGACCAGCCCGGCCCUAACCAGGUUCAACUGGACCAGCCCGGCCCUAACCAGGUUCAACUGGACCAGAGAAUCCUGCUGGAGACUCUACAGAGGAGCCAGUGUGCCGGGGACCUACUGGAGACUCUACAGAGGAGCCAGUGUGCCGGGGACCUACUGGAGACUCUACAGAGGAGCCAGUGUGCCGGGGACCUACUGGAGACUCUACAGAGGAGCCAGUGUGCCGGGGACCUACUGGAGACUCUACAGAGGAGCCAGUGUGCCGGGGACCUGAGUGCCUUCGACAUUGAAAAGUACCUGAAGCAGACCGAGGUAUCCGCCAGCAGCGACAGCGACCAGUCAAGCUCCUCCCACUACACUUUUGACUUCCUCGGCUGGGCCGACAGCCUCAACUCCUCCCACAGGAAGUCCCAGGCUGCAUCACUUGUUGUUACUGUGGAGAACGAGAGCUCGGGUUAUCAACACCAGGCUACCGAAUACCAGGCUAGCACCAAGGGAGAAAUCUCCUCUGGCGUAGAGGCGAAGGCGGGUUUGACACAAGGUUACCCUGCUGCUAUGACCCGUCCAGUCUCUGCUGGGCUACAUCCAGGUUCUGGUCAGAGUGGAGUAGGCCCAGCUAACAAGAUGGAGGUGAGGAGGAGAAGUUCCAUCCCCCGUCCCAGGGCCAGUUCCAUCCCUACAGCCUCUGGCAAACCAGGGAGGAGGUCUGUGGGCUCUGGUCAGUUCUCCUCAACCACCAUCUCCCCAGCCAAACCAGCUGCUAACAGGAAGGCUGUAGGGAAUAACAGUGAGCCCCAGCCAGCUGGUGUACUAAGCAGGAGCAAAACAGAGAGUGGUGGGCCUGAACUAGGAGCAGUCCGUCCAACACCCAACAACACCCCAGCCCAGAAGAGACAUCACAUCCCCUCCCAGAGAACCAGGAGGAGCACAGUGAAGACCCACGCUACAGGGAGCAGUACAACCCAGCAGGAGAAACCCAGUGGCCUGGAGAAGAGUGUUGGAGAAGCUCCUCCCAACGCUGUGGCCAAACAUGUUGGUUUUACUUCCUCGUGUCACAGCCCCCAGCCUGCUGCUGCACACAGGACGUACGAUGUGUCUCCAGGUACUCCUGUGCAUCAUGCCGGAGGACCAGAGCAGAGCCAGUGCACCUUCAGACCCUCCACCUCUCCUCUCACCCACUCCUCCCCCUCACAGACCUCCUUCCCCAGCCAAGAAGGGACUGUGUCGCCCCCCUCCCCCAGUAUAGGGGACAGGAGACGUCCCAGUGAUCUCACUCCUCCCCAGUCUGAGUGGAGCUGUUCCAGCCUCAGCAGACUGACAUACAUCUCUCUGAAUGACAGCACGGCUGUCAACACAACCGGCGUCCCAACUCCUGACAGACACAAGAGUCAUGGCACCAUGUCUCUGAGCACCACUAUCAUCAGGGCCAGUCCCACCCCGCUAGUAGAAGGGGCUGAUACCCAGAGUCCUACAGGUCAGGAGCUACCUCCUCACCGCUCUACAGACGUCCUCUGUCCUCCUAGACAGUCCAAGAGCCCAGAGUCUCCUCACCACUCGAACGGUCCUCGUAGUGGCUCGGUAGACCUGCGGAGUGGUUCAGGUCUGGGCUUUACACGCAGCCAGAGUGAGUGUAACUAUCACUGUGGGAACCAUAGAGACUUCAACCAGCAGAAACGCCACUCCGAACCCAACUCGCACCUUCUCAACAAGUUGGAUUCUGGCUACUCCAGCAACCUGAAUAUCCAGCAGCCCAGCGGUAUGGGGGGCCAGGGUAACCAGCAGUGGUCUGGGGUCUCAGCCCAGGGGAGUGAGGUCUAUCCUGGGGCCAGGACGGGCUUCGGCCUGCCUUCCUCCGAGGACCUGUGCUACAUGCCCAUCUCCAGCUUCAAGCCCCAGGGCUCCAUGGUGGACCUGCCUCCAGGGGUCCCUAGCCUCCUGACGGGGCGCUCCCUCUUCAGCUCCCAGCUGGCACAGCAGAACCUGGGCUCGGAUGGAGCUCUUCACCCUGGUCUCCCUCUGCCUGCUCCCUACCACCACAUGGCAAUAGUAGGGAACGGCCUGUAUGGUCACGCUAUGUCCUCGCGGUUAGGACCCAACAUUGACCCCUCAGUCAGACACCUCCACAGCUCUGGGGGUCUGGGCGUCUCUGGGCCAGGUGGACCAGGAGGUCCCGGGGGUCUGUACCCCUGCUCUAACCCCCACCUCAAUCCCUUGGACCCAGGACUGAUGGAGGGGAACCCCUACAACCAGCACUGUGUAGCCUCGUGGUCUGACGGCAGCCUUCCUGAACCCACAGCCCAGGUCGUGAUCCCUGAGGAGCUGAGCUUCCCCCAUGCCUGCUGUGUGGGCAUCUCCUCUCAGACCUCACUGGGCAUCUUCAACCCCUCCGAGCGUUGGCAGCAGGUCUCCAUCACCGUCACCAGUCUGGCCAUCAACGGAGAGAAGGUUGAGUCAUUCCCGUACCAGUGGCUGAUGGUGAAGAACAAGACCAUCAUUGGCCCUAAGAGCACGGAGGAGCAGAAGGUGUUGUUCAUCCCACCUCAGGCCGGGGUGUACCAAGCUGUCCUCAGUGUCUCCUCCUGGCCUGCCUCCGCUGAGGCCCAGGCUGUCGCCCGCGCCGAGGUGUUCGCCAAGAGGGUGGUCCUCGUCGCCAUGGCAGAGAACCCUGCUCUGGAGGUGGAUGUGGGGAAGUGUGGCAGUCUGGACUUCGGAGACCUGGCAGGUGGCAGUGCCAAAGCUCUCCCUCUGAAGCUGCUGAACAGGACUCAGGCCACCGUACCUAUUAGACUGGUUAUCAGUGCUAACGCCACGGCCUGGCGCUGCUUCACCUUCUCCAAGAGUCCCGUUGCCAUGACAGCCGAGGGCCUGCUGCAGGCGGGAACUCUGACAUCACUGGCCGCUCCGUCCGUCAUGAACCACGUGAUGCACGCCAGCUACGGAGAGAAUCCAGAGAGCUUCAUGGUUUGGGUCCACUUCCACGCUCCACAGAAGUACCAGUCCUGUUCAGGUGAUCUAGGUCCAGCGGAUGAGUACAGUGCGCGGGUGGACAUCGAGGUGGACUGUCCAGGCCCCAGUCAUGUGAUCAGGAGCGUCCCUCUCAGAGCCAGGUCUGGAACAGCCAGAGUACACGCCCCUAAAGACCUGCAGAAUGUUAACCUCUCGGCAGUGUUGGGUCAAUCCAGCACGCAGACUCUGCCUCUGAAGAACGCAGGCAACAUUGAUGUUCAGCUGAAACUCAAGAACAGCGGUGGUGAUGGCUGUUUCUCUGUGAGUCCUGUUGACCUGUGUCUGCGUGCCGGGGAGGAGCAAGGCAUUGUGGUCUCGUUCACCUCUCAGGGCGGCAGGAAGAACCGAGAGAGUGUUCUGACCAUCCUGGUGCUGCCGUCUGGUCCUCAGUAUGAGGUGGUUCUGAAGGGACAGGUGGUACCAGAGGAGGGGGUGAACCCUGCUGCCCCUGGUCCUGUCUCUGCCCUGGGCAUGCUGCCCCACAGUGAGGUGCCCCCCAUCCUCUCCAACAAGCAGUUUGUGGCCUGGGGAGGGGUCACGCUGGGCAGGGCUGUACAACAGAAGCUGGUUCUUCGUAAUAACUCCCCCAACACAACACAUCACCUGCGUCUACUGAUCCGAGGACAAGACCACAGCUGUUUCCAGCUCCAGAGUAGUUUUGGACAGGAGGAGAGGUUGACCCGACACAGAGAGCUGUCUAUCCGGCCCAGGGAGGAUGUUGUUGUCCACCUGCUGUUUGCCCCAACCCGGGUGGCCUGCACCCUGUCCAAGCUGGAGAUCAAACAGUCUGGAGUACGGCCCUCACAGCCUGGCAUCAAGUUCACUAUCCCCCUAUCAGGCUAUGGAGGGACCAGUAACAUUAUUCUGGAAGACCACAGGAAGCGUUCAGAUGGCUACGUGGCUAUGCUAAUGGGGGUGGCAGCAGGCCAGGUCUCCAAGCUGUGUGUCUGUGUGAGAAACACUGGGUGCAGGGCUGCCUUCAUUAAGGCUGUUCUCUACUCUGACCUACACACACGCUCUGUCAUGGACUCCUCGGACAUCAGCCUCUCUCCGUCUCAGUUCGUCCUGAAGGAGAGGACACAGGAGGUGAUCACGGUUCUGAUGAAGGUGACCCAGAGAGAGCAGACUCUGUGUCAGUCAGCUAAUGCCGUCCUGGCCACAGUCUGUCUCUUCUGUGGAGACGAGGUCUCACGACAACAGUUCAGGAGGUUGCUGCUGUCGAAGCCUGAUGCAGGCAGGAAGAUUCUGUCAGAGAACAGUCUGCUGAAAGGACUCAACUUCAACGAGAUUCCUGGGGAGGAACAAGUCCUGGAGGCCUACGACCUGCCCCAGAGCCCCAACCAGGCCCAGUUGUUCUAUGGGAACCUGAGUAAGGUGGUGUUGUCAGUGCUGGGCAGCACAGAGACCUUGGACUCUGGAAGGGCUGACCUCCAUGUCCAGCCCCCCCUAGCUGUCACCAGGAGAGGCUCGGAGGCUGACAGUGGUUUUGGGAACUCAGACCGUCACAUCAGCAACGUGUCUCUGGAUGUACUGCCUGUGAAGGGUCCUCAAGGCCCCGCGUUACCCAGGACAGAGGCCUCUGGGACGGGGACAGAACCAGGGGACCACAGGGACUCCUGGAGCCUCCAGCCUGAACAGCUGGUCCUCACCUCUCCCACUAUCAACGGAGCCUCCAACACCAGACAUGUCCUGAUCCAGAACCACUCAUCAUCCAGAGAGCUGAGCUUUGAGUUGUCCUGGCCAGCCCACUGUCUCACUGUUACCCCUCAACAUGGAGUCAUAGAACCACAGUGCCACCUCCAGAUCCUCAUCAGUCCUAAUCCGUCCCUAGCAACCAGGACAUCCAUGUUUCCAUGGAGUGGCCAAAUAUAUGUCCAGUGUGACAAUCAACAGAAGUUCAUCAAGGUCCAGAUCCGUCAGGACCUGGCUCUGGAUGUAUCAACGGCCCCAGCAGACCGGAGCCUAGCCCCCCUUCCUCCUCAGACUGCUAGCGCCAUGCCCACCGCCAUGCUGCCCCCUGCAGGCCAACCCCCCCUGACCAGGACAGCUCCAGCCACGGUAGAGAUCAGUAACCGUACCAUCGUGUUUCCUGCCACGCCCUCAGGAGAAACCUCAGAGUCCUCUGUGGAGGUGGAGAACAGAGGAGAGCAGGUGAGGUGGUACCUGUCUUCCUUCGCCCCUCCUUAUGUAAAGGGGGUGGACAGCAGUGGGGAUGUGUACCGGGCCACCUACACAGCCUUCAGAUGUCCCAGAGUCUCUGGAACCCUGGGAGCAUACCACAAGAUGCAGGUGCCCAUCACCUUCCUGCCCAGGGACCGAGGGGACUAUGCUCAGUUCUGGGACCUGGAGUGUCACCCAGUGGCUGAGCCUCAGCACAAGACCAGGAUACGCUUCCAGCUCUGUGGCACUGGUGUGAAGGUUGGUCCAGCAGUGGCUCCUCAGGAAGCAGACUGUUCUCUGGUGAAGACUGAAGCCUUUAAGACCAGGAGAAGACCUGACCCGGUUGCUGAUGGGGGCAUGACUGGGAUAAGUGGUCAGGAAGCUCAGAGCCCCAAGGAGGAGGAAGGUUCAGGAAGCUCAGAGCCCCAUGGAGGAGGAAGGUUCAGGAAGCUCAGAGCCCCAUGGAGGAGGAAGGUUCAGGAAGCUCAGAGCCCCAUGGAGGAGGAAGGUUCAGGGAGAUCAGAGCCCCAUGGAGGAAGGUUCAGGAAGCUCAGAGCCCCAUGGAGGAGGAAGGUUCAGGAAGCUCAGAGCCCCAUGGAGGAGGAAGGUUCAGGAAGCUCAGAGCCCCAUGGAGGAGGAAGGUUCAGGGAGAUCAGAGCCCCAUGGAGGAAGGUUCAGGAAGCUCAGAGCGCCAUGGAGGAGGAAGGUUCAGGAAGCUCAGAGCCCCAUGGAGGAGGAAGGUUCAGGAAGCUCAGAGCCCCAUGGAGGAGGAAGGUUCAGGAAGCUCAGAGCCCCAUGGAGGAGGAAGGUUCAGGAAGCUCAGAGCACCAUGGAGGAGGAAGGUUCAGUCAGGAGGAGGCUCUGUGUAGGGGGGUAUACGCCCCCCAGGACCACUACUCAUUCCCCCCUACCAGGGUAGGGGAGACCAGCACACUGAAGGUCAACAUGAGAAACAACUCCUUGGAAACGCAUGCGCUGAUGUUCCUAACCCCUAAAGAGCCCUUCCACAUCAAGCAUUCCAAAUAUUCCCUAAGAUCCCAACGCUACAUCCACCUGCCAGUCCAGUUCAAGCCGGUUGUAACUGGAAACCACUCCAGCCUGCUGUUGGUUCAGACGGAUACCAGUGGAAACAUCGCUAUCCAGCUGACUGGUGAGGCCCUGCCCUGACUGGGUCAGUGAGGACUGCUGGUCUGGGUCAGUGAGGACUGCUGGUCUGGGUCAGUGAGGACUGCUGGUCUGGGUCAGUGAGGACUGCUGGUCUGGGUCAGUGAGGACUGCUGCUCUGGGUCAGUGAGGACUGCUGCUCUGGGUCAGUGAGGACUGCUGCUCUGGGUCAGUGAGGACUGCUGCUCUGGGUCAGUGAGGACUGCUGGGUCACUGCAUCUGUAGUGUGGCCCGUACUGGAGCACUGCUGAAGGUCAUACGGAAGAAUGAACUAUGAAGCCUUUGUCCAAUAUAGCACCCUAAUCUCAAGAUGAUGCCGGACCUGAAGCAGUGCACUGUCUCAUUGGUUCCACUCCUGGCAACGUCUCAUUGGUUCCACUCCUGGGGGUCUGCGUAGAGCUAGCAGACUACAGCUCUAUAUCCUAUCCUCUGGGGGUCUGCGUAGAGCUAGCAGACUACAGCUCUAUCCUAUCCUCUGGGGGUCUGCAUAGAGCUAGCAGACUACAGCUCUAUAUCCUAUCCUCUGGGGGUCUGCGUAGAGCUA